AAAAGUUUAAGAAUUUGUAUAUUUAGAAUGAUAGAGUCAUGCUAACAACUUCAAAUUAUCUGCAUUUGUUAGCAAACAAUUUCUAUAUUAAAAUAAAAAUUACGUUAUUUCCUACAUCUAGUCUAGUUAUAAAUAGAAAUGGGAGUGUUGAGUAUUGGAGGGAAGUGCAGUUAGCAAAACAAAAAGUCAAAGAAACAAAAAUGUCAGGUCAUGCAUGCUGCUCUAACCCACCAAUUCUGAACCCCUUUAGUGGAGCUGGCCAUGUUGAAAAAAUUGGUGGUCUUGAUGCUUACCUCACUGGCUCUCCUCUUUCCACCAAAGCCAUUCUCUUUGUUUCUGAUAUCUAUGGAUAUGAAUCUCCAAUUAUAAGGAAUCUUGCCGACAAGGUUGCGGCAGCAGGUUAUUAUGUGGUAGUUCCUGACUACUUCUAUGGUGAUCCCUAUGAUGAUGACCGUGUUGACAGGCCUUUACCUAUUUGGAUGGAAGACCAUGAACCGGACAAAGGUUUUGAAGCUUCCCAACCAAUAAUUGAAGCCUUAAAAAGUAAAGGUGUUUCUGCUAUUGGAGCUGCUGGUUAUUGUUGGGGUGCUAAGACUGUGUGUGAACUUGGGAAAUCCAAACUCAUUCAAGCUGUUGUGUUGGCACAUCCAUCAUUAAUCACAGUAGAGGACAUCAAUGGUGUCAAUAUUCCAAUUGCUAUACUUGGAGCUGAGCUUGACCCAAUUACUCCUCCAGAGGUCAUAAAACAAUUUGAACAAGUCUUGGCUGCUAAACCUGAAGUCGAUAGUUUUGUAAAAAUAUUUCCAAAUGUCUCACAUGGCUGGACUAUAAGGUAUGACACUGAAGAUCCAGAAGCUGUGAAGGCUGCAGAGGAGGCUCAUCAAAUCUUGCUGGAUUGGUUUGUUAAAUAUGUUAAGUGAGAAAUCUUGUUGGAUGAAGAGCUCCUAGAGUGGAGGAUGUAAAAAUCUCACUCAUUCGACGCUGUUAUUGUUUACAACAAAAUAAAUGUGAUAUGAGAACAUAACAUAUCUUAUAUUAAGGAUUCAUAUGUUACAAUUUGAUUUCUUUGUAUUCUGAAUUAUUUAGUAUCUCAAAAAAGCAAUAUUUGUUCUUUUCCAAUGGAAA